GAAGGCCUGAAGCAGUGCCUGUCCGAAUUCAGGCAGCAUCUGGCUUGGGUGGAAAGGCUCGAUGUGACUCUGGGCCAGGUCGUGGACCCUGUCUCUCAGAGUGCUUCUAAUAAAGACGCUGUUGACCCUGAGAAUGAUUUCCAGAGAGAGAUGAGCUUUUACCGGCAGGCUCAGGCAGCGGUCCUGGAAGCCCUGCCAAGGCUGCGUAAGCUCCAAGUUCCUACUAGAAGGCCAGAUGAUUACUUUGCAGAGAUGGCCAAAUCAGACCAACAGAUGCAGAAGAUUCGACAGAAGCUGAAAAGUAAACAGGAAGCAAUGGAAAGGUCUGAGAAAGCGAAACAGCUCCGUGCAAUGAGAAAAUAUGGCAAGAAGGUGCAAAUCGAGAUUCUGCAGAGAAGACAAAAGGAGAAAAAGAAUAUGUUGAAUGCAGUCAAGAAAUACCAGAAAGGUUUGUCUGACAAGCUGGAUUUCCUAGAUGAAGAGCAGACAUCAUCUCAGGGGAAUAAAAAAGGAAAUGCAAAUCAACGGACAAAGAAGGGACCAAAUGCCAAAAGACGAUACAAGAAUCAGAAGUUUGGUUUUGGUGGGAAGAAGAAGGGCUCAAAGUGGAACACAAAGGAGAGUUUUAAUGACGUAUCCAGCUUCAGUUCAAAAGUGGCUCACAACAAGGGCCCAGGAAAAGCAGGAAAAGGAGGGAAAAAAGCCCUCAAUAAGAGACCUGGAAAGAGGGCAAGGCAGAAAAUGAAGAGCCGGGCACGCUAAGAGGACUCUGCUCUCCUGUGGGGUUUGUAUGUUUCUGUGUGUUGCAAGACGCGUUUCUGCUGUCAUCAAGCAGCUAACCAUGGAGUAAGCUGGAUGCUUCCAAGUGGCAAGAAGAAAAAUCAGUGGAAACUAGUGCCUUAUCACUAAUUUCUUCUUACUAUCUGUUUUGUGGAAGGAUUGUUUUCUACUUAAACCUAUGGGGUGUGAACGCAUUAAAUGGUUUGCACAGAACUAAGUCUAACUCGUGUUUAGCUGUGUUACGAAUGGUUGCUGAACCCUGCUGUUUGUUCCCUUUAUUCUUACAGCUUUUUGCACAGCUACUGCUGACAUGUACUUGGUGAACGUGUAUCUUGGGUCAUGUUGAUGGUCAGAAUAAGAAGUCUGAAGCCU